GAGCCUCUCUUAUCUCAGGUACCAGAGUCUCGGUGUGGGGGGGCUGACGCGACAUCAUGGAGGAAUUGGCCCGCGAGAGCAUCAGCCUGCUGGCCCGGUCUGCAUCUCAUGCAGAUCCCCCUCGGCUCGGCUCGUUCGGAGCAGUGUUCAUUAUGCUGAAGUCCGCACUGGGAGCUGGACUUCUCAACUUCCCCUGGGCCUUUGAGAAGGCAGGUGGAGUGAAUACUGCCAUCAGUGUGGAGCUGGUAUCUCUGGUAUUCCUCAUCAGUGGUCUUGUUAUCCUUGGCUAUGCAUCGUCUGUCAGCAGACAGAAGACAUAUCAAGAUGUGGUGAGAGAAGUGUGUGGACAAGCCGUGGGACAGCUCUGCGAAGUGUGCUUCUGCUUUAACCUCUUCAUGAUAAGUGUUGCCUUUCUGGUGGUGGUGCAGGACCAGCUGGAGAAACUUUGUAUUUCUUUAUAUGAAACGGCGACUGGGUCGACUGAGUCAGAAAUGCCUUAUCACUGGUACACUGACCAGCGCUUUGCCCUGUUCAUCGUGUGCAUUGUCAUCAUCCUACCACUGUCCAUUCCUAAAGAAAUUGGCAUCCAGAAAUACACAAGUGUUCUAGGGACUCUGGCUGCCACAUAUCUGUGCGUGGCAGUGAUUGUCAAGUAUCACCUGAUGGACAACCACAAAGUUAUCAUAACUCCAGAGCACAGCCAGGGUGUGGGUUCAUGGGCCACCAUGUUCAGUGUUGUACCAACCAUUUGCUUUGGUUUCCAGUGUCAUGAGGCCUGCAUAGCAAUCUACAGCAGCAUGGAGAACCAGAAGCUGUCCCACUGGGUGAUCAUCUCUGUGCUCUCCAUGUUUUUCUGCUUGCUCAUCUACACUCUCACCGGUGUUUAUGGCUUCAUGACGUUUGGGCGUUCCGUGGCCUCAGAUAUCCUGAUGUCAUAUCCAGGAGAUGAUGUGGUCAUGAUUAUUUCCAGACUACUUUUUGGAAUAUCAAUCAUCACCAUCUAUCCUAUCAUUCUUCUUUUGGGAAGAUCUGUGGUCCUGAACCUGAUGUUACGGGUUGAGAGACGUCGCCGGGGAAUAGUCACCCACUCUUUUGAGAGCCGCUGCAGAAUUGCCUUGACUGUGGCCUGGAUCACCUUCACCCUUCUCAUCGCCAUGUUCGUCCCUGACAUGGCUGAUGUCAUCAGUGUCAUUGGAGGAAUCAGCGCCUUCUUCAUCUUUAUCUUUCCUGGUCUUUGUUUAGUGUUCACAAUGCAAACCGAAGAUGUCUCUCACAGAGUCAGAGGAGUUUCGACAGUUUGGGGAGUGAUAACGGUUGUAGUUGGUGCCUUCAUCUUCGGACAGAGCACAACAAUCGCAGUGAUGGAGAUUUUCAACAAAUUCUGAAUAUUGGCACAGUUUUCACCACUGUGUACAGCAGCUGCCAUACUGUGACAUCCAUUUCUAUUGCACAACUAAAUGCUGAAUUUGUACAGAUGGAUUUUAUUUGUACGAACAUUUGGUCAUUCAUGGUACAGCAAGAAAAUAUGUUUAUGACGUAUGAUUGCAAGAUUUUCUCGCCUGCCAGUGAGUUUGUGUGAAUGUGUGUAAUGUAGAAAAAACUUGAUUCAAGGGUAUUAUGUGUUGAUCACUAGGUCACAUAAAAGUACCUAAAUAAUUUAAAUGUCCUGUAUAAAGAAAUGAAAAUGUCUUUGCUGCAGGUAAAACACACUGCUCACAUGUAUCAUUGUUCAGCUCUGCCAGGUGGCAGUGUUGUACUAGCUAUUAGUUAUUUAUUAAACUGUGUAGUUACCGU